AUCAUCUGAUGCAAGCGGUGUGCGUGUGAAAAUAUUGAGAGUAUUUAAUUCGUGUUACACGGCGAAAUAAGAGCAUACGCCUUUUUAAACACGUCAAAAGAACCAAGAAGAGUUUGAAGUUCAACCUAAAGAUAAAAUGGCUGACGAUGAAUCGUUUAUGCUCGACUUGAAAAAGAAAAAGAAGAAGAAGAAGGUACCUUUUGAUAUUGAUAGUGUUGAAAUGAAUGACGGUUCACCAUCCCAAACAGACACCCCACCAGAAACGCGUGAAGAACCAGAGAAGUCUGAAAAGGCAGACAAAAUUGAUGAUGACAUGUCUUUUGACUUCACAAAUACAAAGAAGAAGAAAAAGAAGAAGAAGGCAUUUGACAUGGAUGAUAUGGGAGAUGCUUUGCCUGAGUCGACUGAAAACACUGAAGUUCCAGCAUCUCAAGACGUUCAGGAUACUGGGGCUGCAGAUGACCUGACUGGUGAUUUUAAUCUUGAUCUGCCACAAAAAAAGAAAAAGAAGAAGAAGAAGAAUGUUGACUUUGAAGCAAUUGAGGAGCCAGAGGAUCUAGAUGAUGAUGAUACCAUAGACGCAAAGGAUGACAGAGUGUCAGGAAACAUUCCUGAGGGUAAAUCCUGGCUGGGAUCAGAUAGAGAUUAUACCUAUGAUGAGUUAUUAUCCAGAGUAUUUGACAUCAUCAGGGAAAAGAACCCAGACAUGGUGGCGGGAGAAAAGAAAAUUUUCAAAAUGCGUCCCCCACAAGUUCUUAAAGUCGGAACUAGGAAAACAUCAUUUGCUAACUUUUCAGAUAUUUGUAGAUUUUUACACAGACAACCAAAACAUGUCCUUGCGUUUUUGUUGGCAGAAUUAGGAACAAGUGGAUCUGUUGAUGGUAACAACCAGCUUAUUAUCAGAGGAAAAUACAACCAGAAACAGAUUGAGAACGUUCUUAGACGAUAUAUUAAGGAAUAUGUGACCUGUCAUACAUGCCGAUCGCCAGACACCCUCCUUCAAAAGGAUACCCGAUUAUUCUUCCUUCAGUGUGAAACAUGUGGAUCUAGAUGUUCUGUCGCCAGCAUCAAAUCAGGAUUCCAGGCUGUCACUGGCAAACGUGCUGCAAUUCGUGCAAAGACUACGUAAAGUUGAAAAAAAAAUGGAGAAAUUUGUGUAUAGAAAACAUACAAACUGGAACAUCAUUGACAACAAACAUCAUCAGUGACAUCAAUAUAUUGCAAAGGAUUUUUUUUUUUAACUAGAUAUCUAAGUGAUUUUUGAAUUGUUUGUGUAAUUCACUUUCUCAAAUUUAAAUUAUGAAGUUUACAUUUCAUCCAAAAUACCAUGUUCUUGUGUUCAAUCCAAUGCGGAGAAUGAAGUUUCAUAAAUUUGACAAUAAAUUCGGAUAAACUGUGAAAAUCAGACUGGUUGAUAUUUUGUAAUGAAUGUAUGUUUGGUUGAUCCAGUGUACACAUGGAAGGUAAAUUAGACAUUGACUGAUGCAUUUCUAUUUCAUACUCGUCAAGCAUUGCAGAAUAUUUAUAAUUACAAUUAAAAUAAUUUCAUUUGU